AUGCUGCUGAUUUUGUUCCUUAUAAUCCUUUGUUCCCAUGUCUCUAUGAACAAAGAUCCUGGCCCUGAGUAUGCAGAUGUCGUGUUUCUGGUGGACAGCUCUGAUCACCUGGGCACCAAGGCCUUCCCUCUGGUGAAAACGUUCAUCACCAAGACGAUCAGCAGCCUCCCCAUAGAGGCGCACAAGCACCACGUGGGCCUGGCUCAGUACAGCGACCAGCUGCACAGUGCGUUCCAGCUGAGCGCCUUCAGGAGCAGGAACCCCAUGCUGAACCACCUCAAGAAGAACUUCGCCUUCAUCGGCGGCUCCCUGCGGAUAGGAAACGCUCUCCGGGAGGCUCACAGGACCUUCUUCUCCCCGCAGGCCGGGGGGAGGGACAAGAAGCAGUUUCCCCCGAUUCUGGUGGUUCUGGCCUCGUCGGCGUCCGAGGACGACGUGGAAGAGGCCUCCAAGGCGCUGCGGGCAGACGGGGUGAGAAUCAUCUCCGUGGGGGUGCAGGAAGCUUCUGAGGAGGAGCUGAAGGCCAUGGCGACGGAUCAGUUUCAUUUCAACCUUCGGUCUGUCAGGGACCUGGGCGCGUUUUCCCAGAACAUGACGCAGAUCAUCAAGGAAGCGACCCAGUACAGGGACGGAGCGGCAGAUGACGUUCUUGUGGAAGUUUGCCAAGGCCCCUCUGUGGCUGAUGUGGUGUUCCUGUUGGAUGUAUCAGUCAAUGACAGCCAGGACAACUUUUACUAUCUUCAGGAAUUCCUGGAGGAAAGCGUAUCUGCUCUUGACAUAAAGGAAAAUUGCAUGAGAGUGGGCCUUGUGGCCUAUAGCAAUGAGACAAAGGUGAUAAAUUCCCUCAGCAGGGGCAUAAAUAAGUCAGAGGUUCUCCAGAAUAUAGAGAACCUCUCUCCCCAGGCUGGGAAGGCCUACACAGGAGCCGCCAUCAGAAAGAUCAGAAAGGAAGUGUUCAGUGCACGCAAUGGCAGUCGGAAAAAUCAGGGGGUGCCCCAGAUUGCCGUGCUGGUGACCCACAGACCAUCAGAGGAUAACGUGACCAAGGCAGCCGUUAACCUCCGGCGCGAGGGCGUGACCAUCUUCACCAUGGGAAUAGAGGGGGCCAGCGACAGCCAGCUGGAGAAGAUCGCCUCUCACCCUGCCGAGCAGCAUGUGUCCAAACUGAAAAGCUUCUCUGACCUGGCCGCUCACAAUCAGACAUUUCUGAAGAAGCUGCGGAACCAGAUCAUGCACACAGUCUCUGUCUUUUCAGAACGCACUGAAACGCUCAAAUCUGGUUGUGUGGAAACUGAAGAAGCAGACAUUUAUCUACUCAUUGAUGGCUCUGGAAGCACCCAGGCCACAGACUUCCAUGAAAUGAAGACCUUCCUGUCAGAGGUCGUAGGGAUGUUCAACAUCGCUCCCCAAAAGGUGCGGGUUGGGGCCGUUCAGUACGCUGACAGCUGGGACUUGGAAUUUGAGAUUAAUAAAUACACGAACAAGCACGACUUGGGAAAGGCCAUUGAGAACAUCCGGCAGAUGGGUGGGAAUACAAACACGGGUGCAGCCCUGAAUUUCACACUGGGGCUAUUGCAAAAAGCGAAAAAGCAGCGAGGAGACAGAGUGCCAUGUCAUCUUGUUGUCCUGACGAAUGGCAUGUCCAAGGAUAGCAUCUUGGAGCCUGCAAAAAGACUGAGAGAAGAGCUCAUUCGUGUUUAUGCCAUUGGGGUCAAGGAGGCCAACCAAACACAGCUGCAAGAAAUUGCAGGCGAGGAAAAGAGGGUAUACUACGUGCAUGACUUUGAUGCUUUGAAAGACAUAAGAAACCAAGUUGUUCAGGAAAUCUGCGCUGAAGAAGCCUGCAAAGAGAUGAAAGCAGACAUCAUGUUUCUGGUGGACAGUUCUGGCAGUAUAGGACUUGAAAACUUCAUCAAAAUGAAAACAUUUAUGAAAAAUCUCGUGAGCAAGUCUCAGAUUGGGGCAGAUCGGGUGCAAAUCGGUGUAGUGCAGUUCAGCGACAUCAAUAAGGAAGAAUUUCCACUCAACAGAUACAUGUCUCAACAUGAAAUUUCAGAUGCGAUAGACCGGAUGGCUCACAUUGGAGAAACCACCUUGACUGGUAGUGCCCUGACCUUUGUGUCUCAGUACUUCAGCCCUGCCAAGGGGGCCCGACCCAAUGUCAGGAGGUUUCUCAUCCUCAUCACGGAUGGUGAAGCUCAGGACGUAGUCAAGGACCCAGCAGUAGCACUUCGACAAGAAGGCAUAAUUAUCUACUCUGUGGGGGUGUUUGGCUCCAAUGUCACCCAGCUUGAGGAAAUCAGUGGGAGGCCGGAGAUGGUCUUUUAUGUUGAGAAUUUUGAUAUUCUGCAGCACAUUGAAGAUGAUCUUGUUUUUGGAAUAUGCAGCCCCCGUGAAGAAUGUAAGCGAAUUGAAGUUCUGGAUGUUGUGUUUGUAAUCGACAGCUCUGGAAGCAUUGACUAUGAUGAAUACAGUAUCAUGAAAGACUUUAUGAUUGACUUGGUGAAAAAAGCUGACGUUGGCAAAAAUCAGGUCCGGUUUGGGGCUCUGAAGUAUGCUGAUGACCCAGAGGUACUGUUUUAUCUGGAUAACCUCAGCACAAAAUGGGAUGUGAUUUCAGUGCUCCAGAAUGACCAGCCCAUGGGGGGCAAUACUUACACUGCUGAGGCACUAGGCUUUUCAGACCACAUGUUCACUGAAGCCCGGGGCAGCCGCCUGCACAAAGGGGUCCCCCAAGUCCUCAUUGUGAUCACUGAUGGGGAAUCCCAUGAUGCAGAUAAGCUCAAUGCCACAGCCAAGGCCUUGAGAGACAAAGGCAUUCUUGUUCUGGCGGUGGGGAUCGCUGGUGCCAAUCCUGUAGAGCUGCUAGCCAUGGCAGGAUCAAGUGACAAGUACUUCUUCGUGGAGACUUUUGGAGGCCUGAAGGGGAUAUUUUCAGAUGUGUCAGCCAGUGUAUGUAACUCUUCAAAAGUAGAUUGUGAAAUUGAAAAAGUAGAUCUUGUUUUCCUCAUGGAUGGUUCAAAUAGCAUUCAUCCAGAUGACUUCAGGAAGAUGAAGGAAUUCUUGGCAUCUGUUGUUCAAGACUUUGAUGUCAGUGUCAACAGAGUACGUAUAGGAGCCGCCCAGUUUAGCCAUACCUAUCGACCGGAAUUCCCACUGGGAAGUUUCAUAGGCAAAACAGAGAUAUCGCUGAAGAUUGAAAACAUCCAACAGAUCUUUGGAUACACACACAUUGGGGCCGCACUCCGGCACGUGGGGCAUUACUUCCGGCCAGACAUGGGUAGCCGGAUAAAUGCAGGUACCCCACAAGUGUUGCUGGUCCUCACAGAUGGUCAGUCCCAAGAUGAGGUGGCUCAGGCCGCUGAAGACCUGCGACACAAAGGUAUUGAUAUUUACUCUGUGGGCAUUGGGGACGUGGAUGACCAGCAGCUCAUUCAGAUCACCGGGACUGCAGAUAAAAAACUGACAGUUCAUAACUUUGAUGAACUGACAAAGGUCAAGAAAAGGAUAGUUCGCAACAUCUGUACCUCGGGGGGUGAGAGCAAUUGUUUUGUGGAUGUUGUGGUCGGAUUUGACAUCUCAACUCAUGAGAAUGGGCAGACUUUGCUCGAAGGUCAGCCUUGGAUAGAAACCUACCUUCAAGACCUCUUACGUGCCAUCAGCUCCCUCAAUGGGGUAAGCUGUGAGGUGGGCACAGAGACUCAGGUUAGUGUGGCUUUUCAAGUGACCAAUGCCAUGGAAAAAUAUUCUCCAAAAUUUGAGAUCUAUAGUGAAAACAUACUGAACAGUUUGAAGGACAUAACAGUUAGAGGACCAUCUCUUCUCAACGCAAACCUCUUGAGUUCUCUGUGGGAUGCAUUUCAGAAUAAAUCAGCUGCUCGAGGAAAGGUGGUUCUCUUAUUUUCAGAUGGAUUGGAUGAUGACAUUGAAAAGCUCGAACAAAAAUCUGAUGAACUGAGAAAAGAAGGCCUGAAUGCACUCAUAACUGUUGCUCUGGACGGAGCCAGUGACACAAGUGACCUAGCCGAUCUUCUCUACAUCGAAUUCGGGAAAGGGUUCGAGUAUAGGACCCAGCUCACUAUUGGAAUGAGGGACCUUGGGAGCCGACUGUCAAAGCAACUGGUUAAUGUUGCUGAGAGGACAUGCUGCUGUUUAUUCUGCAAGUGCAUUGGAGGGGAUGGCACAAUGGGAGAUCCUGGACCACCAGGCAAAAAGGGAUCCCCAGGAUUUAAAGGCAGUGAGGGCUACUUGGGAGAGGAAGGCAUUGCUGGAGAAAGAGGAGCCAGUGGACCAGUAGGGGAGCAAGGUACUAAAGGAUGCUAUGGUGCCAAAGGUCCAAAGGGAAACAGGGGACUAAAUGGACAGGAGGGAGAAGUUGGAGAAAGUGGAAUUGGUGGAUUGAAUGGAGAACAGGGCGAAAGUGGUCCUCCCGGAGAAAAAGGAGAAAAGGGUGAUGAAGGAUCCCAGGGAAGCCCGGGAAAGCGAGGGGUUUCUGGUGACCGAGGUGCAAAGGGCCAGCGAGGAGACCCUGGAGUUCCUGGAUUUGACAAUACCAUAGAAGGACCUAAGGGCUUGAAAGGAGAACGUGGAAGACAAGGUAGAAGAGGCUGGCCAGGCCCCCCCGGAACACCAGGCUCCAGAAGAAAGACAGCAGCUCAUGGCCGAAGGGGACACACAGGCCCACAGGGGAAAACAGGCAUCCCAGGCCCAGAUGGACUUGAAGGCUCAUGGGGACUUAAGGGCCCUCAGGGUCCCAGAGGAGAGACUGGUAUGAAAGGAGAAAAAGGAGGCCUGGGAAGUAAAGGUCCUCAGGGGCCUCCAGGACCAGGAGGAGAAGCAGGGAGUCCAGGCCAUUCGGGAAGCCAAGGAAAUAAAGGAGAAUCUGGAGAUUUGGGAGAAAAAGGAGCUAUUGGCCUCCCCGGUCCUCGAGGCUUGCUGGGUGAUGAUGGCCCCCCAGGUUAUGGUAGCAUUGGAAGGAAAGGAGAAAAGGGCCAAGAAGGAUUUCCUGGAGAAAGUGGACCUAAGGGUGAGACUGGGGACCAUGGUGGUCCCGGAGAAACUGGACCCAAAGGAGCCAGAGGCAAGACGAUGUCCGCUGGGCUUCCAGGAGAGAUGGGAUCCCCUGGGGAGCCAGGACCUCCUGGACGCAAGGGUGUGAAAGGGGCCAGAGGAUUGGCUUCAUUUUCCACGUGUGAGCUCAUUCAGUAUGUACGGGACCACAGCCGAAAACCGGAAUGCCCAGUGCAUCCCACUGAAUUGGUGUUCGCCUUGGACCAGUCCCGGGAUGUCACCAAGCAGGAGUUUGAGCGCAUGAAGGAGCUCAUGUCUUCCCUGGUGAGGGGUGUCCGGGUCCGGGAGAGCAGCUGCCCAAUAGGCGCUCGCAUCGCCAUCCUCACCUACAGCUCCCACGCCAGGCACCUCAUCCGCUUCUCUGACGCCUACAAGAAGAACCAGCUCCUCCGACAGAUUGAAGCUAUUCCUUACGAGAGGUCCUCCGACAGCAGGGAGAUCGGCAAAGCCAUGAGGUUUAUCUCCAGGAAUGUCUUCAAGCGAACGCUUCCAGGGGCUCACACCAGACGAAUCGCCACCUUCUUCAGCAGCGGUCAGUCUACCGAUGCCCAGACCAUUGCCGCAGCCACUAUGGAAUUCAAUGCCCUUGACAUCAUUCCAGUCGUGAUCGCUUUCGGCAAUGUGCCCUCCAUCAAGCGUGCAUUUGCGAUCGAUGACACUGGCACAUUCCAAGUAAUAAUGGUUCCAUCCGGGACCGACUACAUGCCAGCAUUAGACAGACUCCAGCGGUGCACUUUCUGCUAUGAUAUAUGCAAGCCAGAUGCUUUUUGUGAUCAAGCCAGACCACCCCCUGUGCAGUCAUACGUGGAUGCUGCUUUCCUUCUGGACAGCUCUCGCCACGUGGGAAGUGCUGAAUUUGAAGACAUAAGACACUUUUUGGGAGCACUAUUAGAUCACUUUGAGAUCACCUCAGAGCCUGAGACCUCUGUCAGUGGAGACCGGGUGGCCCUAUUAAGCCAUGCUCCCCCCAACUUCCUACCCAACACUCAGAGGAGUCCUGUCCGAUCGGAGUUCAACCUUACCACCUACAAUAGUAAACGUCUCAUGAAGAGGCAUUUGAGAGAAUCAGUUCAACAACUAAAUGGAGACGCCUUCAUUGGUCAUGCCUUACAGUGGACCAUGGACAAUAUCUUUUUAAAUACACCCAAUAUGAGAAGAAACAAAGUCAUAUUUGUGAUAUCUGCUGGGGAAACCAGUCACUUGGACAGGGAAACCUUAAAGAAAGAAUCCUUGAGAGCCAAAUGUCAAGGUUAUGCCCUAUUUGUAUUUUCCCUUGGCCCUGCUUGGAAUGACAAGGAACUGGAAGAUUUAGCCAGCUACCCUUUGGAUCACCACUUGGUCCAGCUUGGCCGAAUUCAUAAACCUGACCACAGAUACAGUGUGAAGUUUGUGAAAUCCUUUGUAAACUCAAUCAGGCGUUCAAUCAACAAAUAUCCACCAAUAAACUUCAAAAUGAAGUGCAGUAGAUUCAGCUCUACAGACCUGAAGCAGCCCCCACAGCAGUUGCGAAGCUUUGUUCCUGGACCAUAUAAAGCUGCUCUCAGAGAUGCAUUGCAGAGGGCAAAAUUCUUUCAAGAUAAAAAAUAUCUUUCAAGAGUAGCAAGAGGAAGCAGAGACUAUACUGUUCUUCGAAAUCUUACCAGAAACACAUCCCAUACCUUUAAAAAUGGAAAACAGGUGAUAAAAACUGCUCCAAAACAACACGAUAAAGGAAGUGCUUGAAGGAUUUAGCCUAUGGUAAGCCUCUGGGUUUCAGUGACUCAGUUCAGUGCCAUAACUAUGGGCAACUUUUGUUUGGCUAUCCAGCCAUAUCCAGAGGUCCACUCUGGAGGGCUGGACUAAACACAGGUUGUAAAUUAUCAGGCAACUUGACCCCUGGCACUUAUUUCUUGCCCAUUUCUUUGAGCAUUCCUGAUAAUUCCAGCACUCUGAUACUUUCAAGAACUUAUUA